AUGCGACUGGGCGCUGAAUCUAACGUGAUUCACGGUCUCCCGGGCGGCACUGUUGGAGACGACGAGCGCCUCCAAAUUCUACUGUCAAGGCAGAAUCAAGAAGUAUACAAGAAGAGAAAAAUCCAGGUCCCUCACGGAAAAGUGGCAAGAUUCUCGACCUGCUCUAUGCUUGAUUGUACGAGGGCAGGCGUGCGAGGAGCAAGUUGUGCAGAAUGUAGGCGCCAUUUCUGCGCGAUUCACUUAUCAAAAAAGUACCAAACUUGCCAAAGUCGGUUCGAGCUCUCCGAUGCUGAAUGGGAAAAAUCUCUCAAUGACGAAUUUUGGGAAUUACUGUGUCAUGUCAAUACGCAUGAACUCAUCCGACUUGCGACAAAACUCAACGAUGGUAUCAAAUGCAAGUUUGAGCUUGGCAACCACAUUGGAGCCGACUCUUUGAUGGGUUGCGCCAAUUACAACGCCUGGCUGUGCUUCGAAAAUGGUGAACGGUGGAUUUUCCGAACACCUCGCACGGGUUUCAGUGAUAUUCCCCUCAACUUGGUGGAAUAUUCCGUUAUGAGUGAAUAUGCAACUCUCAAAUUCCUUGAAUCCAGCAAGGUCCCUGCAUCUAAGCCUUUUGCGUAUGACAUCGGCUCUGACUCCACGAACCGCGUGGGAGUCGGUUACAUAUUGAUGCAGGCUCUCCCUGGUGUUCCAUUCUAUGCCCCAAAAGCCUCUGCUUCUCAAAAGAAACAUAUUAUCAAGCAACUCGCGGAGGUCCUGAUCGAAUUUUCGAAGCACCCUUUGCCUCUAGCAGGCUCCCUCGUGAUUAAGGACGAUGAGGUCAUUGUCGGGCCUGUCGCCAGGAACCGGUUUGUCGCUUUAGAGACUUAUGGUCCUUUGGACACGGCUUUGGAAUACCUGAUAAGUAUUUCAGAGCAACAUUUGGAUCUUAUCGCAGAUGGGCAACUCUACCCCGAUUACCCGGUAGAAGGAUUUUUAUUUUUCCAUCUUGUACGGCAAAAUAUACAAAGCCUGGUAUCGAAAGAUCUGCCAAGGCAAUUCUUUCUGAAGCAUGUCGACGACAAAGGUGAUCAUUUGCUUGUUGAUGAAAAUUUCAACAUAACCAGUAUUAUUGAUUGGCAAUUCGCUCGUGCUGUGCCGGCAUCAGAGGCGUUUGGCCCGUCUUAUAUCACUGCCGACCUCAUGUCACUUUACGGUAGCAACACUGGGGUGACAGGUGAUGAUCAUGAUUUAGCAACCGAUCUUAGGGACAAAGGCUCUUACAACCUUGUUACAACCUUGCUUUGA